AUGUGGGGUGCUGCCUCUGGUGAAUCAAAGAAAUCCACAGGAUGCACCAAAGACGGCAGGCAAACGGUGUUACGAGUGAGGCUCUGGACUCAGAAUUUUAGUCUCAAUUGUACUUUCAACCACUUCUUGGACGUACAAGAGGAGGUAACUGUGGGGAUUUGGCACAUCUUACCAAAAAGUCGAUUGAAAGACUGUGAAAAAGGCAUAGUUCUAAACGACGAAUUUCAAGACGAUAGACCCGUAUUCCUAUAUCUCCACGGAGUGGCCGAAAACAGGGGAGCAAGUCAUCGACUUAAUAUAUACAACGUUUUGUCUCAGAGUCAUGUGGAUGGACAUGUGGUGACCUUCGAUUAUGGUGGGUUUGGCGAUUCUUCUGGAACCACCACCACAGUUGGAAUGAUCAAUGAUAGUAAAGCUGUAUAUCAGUGGAUUCGCAAAUUUGUUGGCAAAGAACGCAUCAUUAUCUGGGGCCAUUUUGUAGGCGCAGCUGUAGGACUUCGUCUCACUGAGGAAUUGUCUAAAAACAAAGAAUAUCCUGCCGGAAUUGUUCUAGAAGCUUCUUUCAAUUCCCUUAACGAUGUCAUUGUAACCCACCCGGCAUUUUUCUUCCUACGUUUCCUACCUUAUUUUGAAACCCUUAUACUAGAAGCAUUAAGACAUGAAGACACGUUUCUCAACCCAGAAGACCAGACUGGAAUUGUAAAAUCUCCUAUUCUUAUUCUUCAUUCCCAUUCCGACAAGUUGGUUCCACUCAGUGCUGGAGAAAAAUUCUAUCAGAAAAUUCAGGAGAACAAAUCCGAUCAUCUCAAGUCUUCGGUUCAGUUUGUAGGUAUUGACGAAACCGGUUCCUACGAAUGUGGACAUCGGUGGCUGAGUCUCGAUCCUAAGUUACCAGAAGUAGUUGAUGCGUUUUUAGAAACUCAUUACAAGAGAAGAAAGGAGAAACAUUGAAUUUCUUCAAUGUUGUAUAAGAAAAUUUAACAAUAGUCGUUUGUUUAUCUUGUUAAUUUUCCAAAUUUUAGGGCAAUUUAUUUCUUCAUAUAAAUAAAGAAUACAGUACAUCAUUAAGUUAGAUAGUGUCUAGAGAACUGUAUUUAAAUAUUUAUGGUAACACGUGUUUCCUGUUUUCCAGAUAUUCCUGAACUGACAGCGUGGUUAGUUGAAACGAAAUAAUAGCUAAUUCAAUAUUCUGUUGCAUGCAAACCAAGAUAAACAUUUGGAACAGAUGAUAUAUACUUUUGGAAUACUAUUGUAAUGCUAGCAUAGGCCAUAAUAUCUUUAAAAAAUUGAAUGAUCACAGAAAUUUUUGAUAUAUAUAUUUACGAACUGGCAGAUGGAACCAAUUUUUAAUAUCUUUUCUUUCUUUCUUUUUUUUUUUGGUCGAGGCAUUCCCCUUAAAGUGUACUAUUAAUAUUUCCAUUUCAAUAACGUUACGAAAAACUUACAAAUAUGCACAUUUAUAUGCAUUUAUAAACACAUAUAUGUCAAAUUUUAUAAAAGUUUCAAAAUGUAAAGAAUUUACGUUCUAAAAAAAAACGUGACUACUGAUGCAGUCAUUCGUACCAGCAUCUGUUCUUGAAUUAUGCAUUUUAUUAUUUGCAAGGUGCAGUAAUAAUAUCAGUUUGGGUACUACUUGUAUCGUUGAGAUGGUUCUUUGAAUUUGUGAUCUGCUAAAAAUAAUGUAACGUCAUGAUAAUUCAGAGAAUAUUUAAGCUCAAUCUUCUGUUAAAAACUGACAAAACGUAUUCUGAGUUCGAUGUUUGUAAGUUUGCUACUGUACAUUCGUUGAUAGGCUAGUCAAGUUUACAUGAUGAGAUAUGACAAUGAAAGAUGUGACUAGAAUUCUGAAAUUUAACUACGUCAAGAGCUGAGGGGGUCUUUAAAUAUUAAUUUUGAUUGGUGAACAGUCUAUAAUACACUUUUUUUUCAUAAUCAAUUUAUAUUUAUGCCUCCAAAAUGUUGUUGUUUUAAUUUGAAAUUGAAACUGUAACUAUGUAAUAUUUCUUUUGAAACUUCUGUUGUAUUUCAGUACCGAUGCUGUAUGAUAAUCAUUAAAUUACCUGUUGAAA